GGCACGCACAUGGCAGGGAUGUAGUGGGAGCUCAGUUUCUUUGGCAUUUGCUUUCGGUCUGUUGCAACGCACGAGUCGGGUGAUGUUGUAAGUUAUAAAUUUAUAACUUGGAUGUUAUAAAACGCAUUUCGUUUGAAUAAAGCCCAUGGAAAGUGCUGCACGCUCUGUUUCACGACAAGUCACGCCUUUCUGAAGACGAGGCACUUAAUUCAAAACAGGAGUCAUUCUUCACUACCAAGAAAGUCAAUUCACACGUGUUUUUUUCUCCUUCGGAGAGGAUGGUGUCAAUAGACUGAUGUCGUGUCAACAAUCAACAACAAAUACUACAUUCAAGUCAUCAAUUUGAUAAAUAAGGCAAAUAUUCCGUGUUUUUUCUCCGCAAAGUGAAGUGCAAUGGAUUCAAAGAUGAUAAUGGAGAUUUUUCUACUCAUUUCAUUAUCCGGCGUGGUCUUCGCAAAAAAUAUUGCUCACCUUCCAAUGAACUGGUCCAAAUCGUUCGAAGUAUCUGCGGAAACGACUCUCUCGACGACAGAUCAACUUCGAAAUUAUGAAACUCACGUGUCAUCAAGCUGUUAUUUUCCAGCAGAACUUCAGGGUGAAUUUAUGAUGCAAGUGAGCGGUAAAAAUGCAAAGGGUUCGAUGACUAGGAAUGAACCUAUUCAGUAUUCACCAAUAAAUAUUACCUAUAAUGCCAUACCUGUUUGGGGAGUGUGCUACAAAAAAGUCGGAAAUAACGUAUUGCUCAUUGACAGUUACAGUGACUGCAUAAGAUGUUUCCGACUUGAAAGAAGAUCACGCAACGUUGUUGAAGUAUUCUCAGAGAAUAUAAACAAGUGUUAUACGUCCGAGAUUGCUGCCAUAGAAUCCUGUGGGACUUUAAAUGCAACUUCAAUUCUUUAUCGUACAAAGGAUAUUGGAGGAGCUCCAAUUACUUACGAGUAUUGUCCAAUUGCGGGACGAUAUCAUUUUAGAUACGAUAUUAAUGAAGGAACGGAGGAGAAAUUUGAAUGCAAUUCGUAUUCCUCGGAUUUUGACACUUGUCCAGUUGGUUCCGUGAUUCAUUUACAAUUCAAACGUUGUUCCUUCGACAGUUUCGAUAUCACAUUCAAUUGCUUAGGAAGCUGGGAAGGACCAAAUGGAGCACGGUACAUUGCUUUAGAAGACACAAAAGAAGGCGGUGGUUUUAGACCUCAGUAUCGUUGCGGACUAUUUUACGUGGAUAAUAAAAAAGGAAAGACUUAUCUGGCCUUUAGCAGCGAUUCCAGUUGCACGCAAAAUCUCAUGAAUGCAACAAUGGGCUAUGAGAAUUUAGUACUGACAAAAGCAACAAAUCAAAAAACAACGCCAACUUACGUCAAAACACAUUUAUCUUCAUUUCCAAAAUGGGCGCAAGGAGAAUGGGAAGAAUCAUUGGUGAUUGAUGGAACAAUGACUUUUAUCGAUCGAAACGGAUACAAUAGUUUUACUUUUAUUGCUGUGGAUUCUAAUCACGACACUGGACGAUAUGUCGUUUACUCCAAAGAUCAUUGCGAGCGAGAAGCCUUCGCGUGUAUGCUGAUGAGGCAAAGAAGUGAAAAUGUAAUGGAAUUCGCAACUGGUUUGCUCUCGAGUCCAAUUUAUCAACCGAAUUUAUGUGACAAUCCGAAUUUCGAUAAACCAGUUUGGAUGACACAAGCUCGUAUCGAACGCACAGCAGAAUCUCCGUGUCCAAUUACUGGUCAAUAUACAGGAGAAAUCGUCGACAUUCCAGGAAUGUGUGCAGAAUUAAGUAGUAAUUGUCAAACAAGAGAGAUUAUGUAUUUUAAAGUUAGCGAUUGCAAUACCGGAGAAUUAUACGAAGAACGUUCCUACUUGUGCCUUGGACAAUGGGAAGAAAAUGGAGUAAUGUACACGUACACAAUGAGAAAUGAUACGAAAACAAAAGAAUGUUUCGUCGGUUUAAUAAUUAACGAUGAGGAGAUUUACAUCAAGGAAGCUGGAGAUCAUUGCAUUCGUAAUAUCAUCCCCAAGGAGCAAGGAAUGAGACUCUACAAAAAAGGACAAUGCUAUGGAAAUUCACCAAGUCCUGCUCCAACGCCAAUGAGACCAACCAUAAAAGUCCCAUCAAUACGUCAUUCUACAACAUACCGACCGCGAAGUCAAGGGCCAACUAGAAUGCCUCCACGAGUAAUUUCUUCAUCUGCGAGAAGUACAAAAUAUUCUUCGAGCUUGCCAGUAUUAAUAAUUCUUUUCACAUUAUCCAUUACAUUGACUUCCAGCCUUUAAAAUUCAUUUCUUUGUUUUCAUCAAAGAAACUGAAAAA